CAAGAUCACAGAGCUGCUCUUGCAGUCUCAGUAUCUAGUGGUUGGAGUGGACCGUUAUAUGCCUGUGGUUGAUGUAUUCAGCGGCAGCACUCGUGGAAACCUCAGGGUGUGUCUAGCAAUGGGUCUGGCACAGCAGAUCACAGCACUGCAGUGAAUGAGGGAUGAUGAGCUGACCCACGUAUCACCACUGCCUCGACCAGCGCACAUAUUAGACCACCGGCCACAUGCCAGUACCACUGUGGAUGUUCUGCGUGAGCAUGUCUUUGUGGUCCGAGUAGAGAGAGUGAAGGGUCUGACGCCUCUGCAGUCCACAGUGUGGGGAGAAGCUGACUGUUACAUCCAGUACUCCUUCCCUGCACAAAAUGAGUCGAGAGGACACGGACCCACUUAUUGUCGAGAGCAAUGUGGAGCUCAAGGCCUACCACUCUGAGACCACUCUCUGUGUGCCUGACCCUGUGUUUGGACAUAAUGAGACUCAUGUCCUACUGGCUCCUCCUGACGUCCCAGUGCAAAGAAUACUGCUAAGCUCAUUGGCCAGUCAGGGGCUGAAAAACAGAGG